ACACCCAGGAGGUCUUUUGGGAUGACUAAAAUCGCAGACGACACGUGGAAAGACGGCUGCUACUGAAGCCUUCUAUACACACACUGGCAUCUGCCUCACUGCUCCCUCAGAACAACCUGCACCAGCCUACUGCCUCUCUGCCCCUUCCCCACACGCACACACACACACACACACACACACACACAGAGCGGCUUUCACAGACACACACACUGCACUUGCAACAUGACACUUCAGGAACUGGACACGCACGUGGCAUGUCUGUUUGCACUCCUACACUCGUAACACUAAGAGGGGAAGGAAGGCGUGAGAGAGAGAGGGAGAGGGAGAGAGAGGCUCAGAGACCUCACUGGAAUCAGUCUAAAGACUAACAGAAGUUGUAACUUCUUUUUGUUCUUUUCCCACUUUAUUUUUUCUGCAAUCAACCUAGUCUAUUUUUAAUGAGAGCUGAAGAGACCUGCUGGAAUAAGAGCUGUGAUGUACUGUAUUUUGUCCUGUAAAGUUAGAAACUUGAGAGAGAGAUGUGUGUUUGUUUACUAUUUGGACUUCUAGUUCUCCCAACAUUUCCGCAUCAGUGUCAUUGCACACUGCUAAAUCUACCAUACUCCAAGUAACUUUCAACUGGAUGUUGCAUGUUUAUUUUUAAUCCAUGGAUGACAAUAUUUAUGUACAGUAUGAUAAGUUCUUUGGAAGAAAACUCCAAACUAUGAGACAGCUUGUGUUUUGUUCAAGUAGUGAUUGAUUCCUUGCAUUCUGCCAAGACUAAUGAUGAUAAUAAUAAUAUCUGAUUUUUAUGAAUUUUUUUUUUGGGCACAUCAACGCAAUAUUUGUGAGGAGUUUACUACCCUUUUAAAAAAGAACUGACCUGGGCGAAAAAAAAAAAAAAUGUUUUAUGUUGUCAGUGUCAUCAUUGUGCCAAGAUGAAUUGUUGCAGCAAAUAUUCUUGUUAUUUUGUUUAUUUUUAUUUCCAAUCGAACAUCUUGUAUGUUACAUUUUGUGUGUACCACUGUCCUGCGUUCUUUCUCCCGGCGAGUAAGUCUUAAGUUUGGACACUUGGUUAUGGAUACCUCACUCAUCCAAUGACAAAACUGUAUGCAAAAAAGCCAGGUGCUUAUGACCGAACUGGGUAUGCAACCUUUUACAUAGUGCCUCAGAAGAUCUGUAGCUGUAACUGAAUACAAAAAUAAACCUACCCAGAAAGUUACUACUUUCCUAAUGUUUAUUAUUGACAGUCCUGUGAACUCACAUUUGUUUUAUUCUCUUGGCAUUUAAACUCUACUCUACUGUCAACACCUGUAUAUCCAUUCUAGCGCUGUUCAGAAACAUGGCUUGUAUGGAUUUUUAGAUGGGUGAAAUAUUGUAAGGUAGCACUUAAUUGCUAAUGUUUGAACUAAGUGAUGGAAAAAGUUUAUAACUAUAAGUUAUAACUCAGCAGUUGCAGAAUAUACUUUUGAUGUCAUAUUUUUGGUCAGUGUCAAUGUUCUCCCUGAUAAAGGUUAGAAUGUAUGUGCUGAAAUUAUAUUUCAGGUACGUUAAGGGAUUGAAGGUUUGCUUAAAUGAAACAGCAUGGGUAGAUUCCAAUUGUACAACGUUGGUUAAGCUGAUGACUACUUUGACAUACGGAUGCAUUUCGUUUGUAAUUUGUCAUUUCUCUCCUGGUCCAUGUGUUGGCUUUGGUGGUAUUCAGUCACUUAUAUGCCUGUGUAACAUGGUGAUGGGGAAAUUCCGUUAAACAUCCAUCACCCUCUUACACCUAGUUACAUAUUUAACAUAUGCACCAGCUUGCAAUGCUAUCAUAUGGCAGCAGAAACCGCUCCAGCUUUCAAGCGAGUGACGUAAAUAGACAGGAUAGCAGUGAGCGAGGCCGCGCGUAUUGUCUGCCCCCCUCCCUCCUCUGUUGUCAACGAACAGCCUGAUUGGCCGAGGCCUGGAAAAGUGUUCGAGGAUUCAGAAUGUACAGGCCGCAGUAGCCAUACCGAAGAAAAAUACAGGAAAACUACGGCAGAUUAAAAUACAAGAAACCAAGAUAUUUACUGGCGCAUUACAAGGAGUGUAAGAACAGUUAACUGCUUUCUGAUGAAAGAGCUGAACAGGACCUUUACAUUGCACUUACCCAGCCAACACGGGAAUCAGAUGUGAAGCUCCGCGGAACCAGAGCCAAUGGACAAGGGUGGAGGCCUUCUGGAGCUUCACUCCCAGGAUCUUAAGAUGCCCCACGCUAUGAUCAUGCAGGACUUCGUUGCAGGCAUGGGGGGCAUGGCCCACAUCGACGGCGACCACAUUGUGGUAUCGGUGCCGGAGGCGGUGCUGGUGUCGGAUGUGGUGACCGACGAGGGCAUCCUGCUGGAGGAGGCUCUGGAGGCCGAGGUGGUGGAGGCCGACGAGCUGGAGGAGUCCGCCGGAAUCAUCAUGGCGCACGAGCCCAUGCUAGGGGUGGAGGUAGCCAUCGAGGAUGCCCUGGAGGAGGAGGAAGAGGAGGAUGAGGAGGAGGAGGAGGCAGCUCUGGAGGAAGGAGAGGAUGAAGAUCACCACCACCAUGUGCUGACGGCGUCCGACCUGAUCGAGGAGGAGGAAGGGGUGGUGGGUGUGGACGAGGAGGUCGGCGUGUUCGUGGGCGGCCCCCUGGAGCACGAACUGGUGUCGGAGGAGGUGAUGGUUGCCGAGGACGACGAUGCAGCAGUGAUCCAGGCGCAUGAUGGCUUGCCCGCGUCCACGGUCACCAUCAACACGGAGGCGGACGAGGACGGAAAAACCACGUCAGAGGACUACCUCAUGAUCUCCUUGGAUGAUGUUGGCGAGAAGCUGGACAUCGGCGACACUCCCCUGAAGAUCAGCACCGCGGUAACCCAGGACGACGCCAGCUCCAAAGAGGACGGCUACGGCUCCGAUGUCAUCAAGGUGUACAUCUUCAAGGCCGAGGGUGACGACGACGUGGAGAUAGGUGGCACAGAGGUGGUGACGGAGAGUGACUUCCAAAACGGCCAUGCGGUGCUGGUGCCGGCCACGGGCGGGCGGUUGCCACGGGAGAAGAUGGUGUACAUGACGGUGAAGGACAGUGGCCAGGGAGAUGAGGAAAUGAACUGUGCGGAGAUGGCUGACCAGGUGUACAUGGAGGUGACCGUUGGGGAGGAGGAGGCUUCUGCCAUCCAGGAGGCGCAGCUGGACGACUCCCACACCAACAAAACCUUGGUGCCUGUGGCCUGGGCUGCUGCUUAUGGUAAUAACCUGGAGGGCCGUCUGGAGGGGAAGCCGGGGGCGGUCACACCGUACCUGCAGAUCAACGACAGCAUCAGCACCAGUCGAGCGCUCAAACAGAAGAUCAAGAAGAAGAAGAAGGGAGAGGCGCGACAGUGCCAGACCGCGGUGAUCAUUGGUCCGGACGGCCAGCCCCUGACGGUCUACCCCUGUAACGUCUGCGGCAAGAAGUUCCGCUCGCGAGCCUUUCUCAAGCGGCACAUGAAGAACCACCCGGACCACAUGCUGAAGAAGAAGUUCCAGUGCACCGACUGCGACUUCACCACCAACAAGAAGGCCAACUUCCACAACCACCUGGAGGGCCACAAGCUCAGCUCCAGCGUCAAGAGCGAGCGGGAACGGGCUCCCGAGUACAGCGAGUACACGCGCCGCUACCACGAGGCCAGCCCACUGGGCUCCAACACGCUCAUCCUGCGCGACAAGGACGAGCCCAAGAUGCACCAGUGCAAGUACUGCGACUACGAGACGGCCGAGCAAGGCCUGCUCAACCGCCACCUGCUGGCUGUGCACAGCCGCAACUUUGCCCACGUGUGCGUGGAGUGCGCCAAGGGCUUCCGGCACCCGUCCGAGCUGAAGAAGCACAUGCGCACGCACACGGGCGAGAAGCCCUUCCAAUGCGCGCACUGCCCGUUCCGCUGCGCCGACCAGUCCAAUCUGAAGACGCACGUGAAGAGCAAGCACGGCUCGGACCUGCCGUACAAGUGCAGCCACUGCCCGCAGGCGUUCGCCGACGACAAGGAGCUGCAGAGGCACUCGGAGGCACUGCAGGGCCACAAGACUCACCAGUGUCCGCACUGCGAGCACAAGAGCACCAACUCCAGCGACCUGAAGCGCCACGUGAUCUCGGUGCACACCAAGGACUUCCCGCACAAGUGCGAAGUGUGCGAGAAGGGCUUUCACCGGCCCAGCGAGCUCAAGAAGCACUCGGAGACGCACAAGGGCAACAGGGUGCACCAGUGCCGGCACUGCGACUUCAAGACGUCCGACCCGUUCACGCUGAGCCGCCACAUCUUGUCGGUGCACACCAAGGAGCUGCCGUUCAAGUGCAAGCGAUGCAAGCGCGGCUUCCGGCAGCAGUCCGAGCUCAAGAAGCACAUGAAGACGCACAGCGGGCGCAAAGUCUACCAGUGCCAGUACUGCGAGUACAACACCACGGACGCUUCGGGCUUCAAGCGCCACGUCAUAUCCAUCCACACCAAGGACUACCCGCAUCGCUGCGACUACUGUACCAAGGGCUUCCGCCGGCCCUCGGAAAAGAACCAACACAUAUUGCGACACCACAAAGAAACGUUGAUGUAGACGCGCACACACACACACACACACACUCUCACAAACACAAAUGCAUACACACACACACACAUCUCUUCACCCUGGUGCCACAGGUGAGCCGUUUUGCACACCGGGAUUGGGGAAAGGAGCAUUUAGACAUCUAAUGCCAAUAACACUCUAAUCAGCAGUCCUUGUUUUGUUAGUAUUGUUUUAUUUAAUUUGUGCAGUUUGUCUCCCCCCCCUUCAGAGGAAUAGGUCUUAAAAGAAUUUACAGCUAUGGAUAUGACUAAAUGAGCAUGAGUCGCAGAGGCAAGAUAGGAGAACGAUCGGAGUCGUUUUUAUCACUGCAGAAACUACAAAACACCGAUUGACAUUCAGGGUCUCAAAUGUCUCUAUUUUUAUAUCCACUUUGCUGAAAUGCUGCAGGCGGAUACUCCAUAAUCUGGAAGUGGAGCUUAGAGUACUUCUGUUGUCAGCCUCUCACUUCCUGAGGAGCGGGCCCUCGGUCAGCAGCUUCAGUCGUCAGUGUGGUGUGUAGUACUGCGGCCCCAGGCUUCGGGCGCGAUGUAUUUUUUUACCAUUUAGUAUGUAAAAACUUUUACCUUUCAUCUUUUUUUUUAAAAGCCAAUCAACUUAAUCAUGUCAAAUAUAAACGUGGGCAGGCUGUGGUUUGUGACGUUUCCCACUCGCACAUGCACGUGUCUGUGUGUGUGUGUGUGCCUGGAAACGUUUGCAUCCACUCCUGUAAUGGUCGCGAGCACCUGUCUCUGGUAUUUCUUCACUCUAAUGUACUUGUGGCUAAAAACCCGGAGCAGAGCAGUGUAGUUUUGUGGUUUUUAUUUUGGGGCAUCCACACUUCAGCAGGCCUUCACUCCUUAUUGUGUCAUGAAAAAGAGAACGAUUUUUAAAUUCUGUAACAUGGUGGUGUUUUAACUUGACCUAGUGUGUCACAUAAUUUCAUUUGACACCCAUGAGGUAGUCAUGGAUACCUCCUGGCCUGCCACUAUGAAAUUAAAUGUGUAUGUGUGUGUGUAUGCGCGUCUGUGUGUGUGUGUGUGUGAGUGAGAAAGAGAGAGGAAAGUGUGUGUGUAUGCACUCAUAAGUUAAUGCCCACAUUAGUGGAUGGACUUGCACGCAUUGCCAACCGUUACGGAACUCUCAGUCAGGCCUUACAUGUGCUUUUUUUUUUACAUGCACUGAAUACAGUAAACAAAUCAAUCAGUUUCUUUUUUUUUUUCUUUUUUUUUAAACAAGUGUCUGAUGUACUAUGUAAAGUAACAUUUUUGCUCCAAAAAGAUUGUGUAUAUCUUAGUAAACAACAAAUAAGAGCACUUUAAUUUCUCUUUAUAUUUUUUUAUUGGUGUGUAUGCGGGGGAAAGAGUGUGUAGGCCAGGCAAGGCAUACUAAAUUAGGAUUAUUUAAAAUAAAAAUAAAAAAAAACAA